AACACCAGACGAUGCCAUAACACACGUUACUCUGGGUGGUGCCCCCUACUGCGGUGAAAGGCCGAAACAAAUGAGAAGCGAAAAAGCAGAGAUUGAGCAAGGAAUCAAGAUGGGAAAAUGGCAUUAGAAGACGAUGAUACUACGUGGAUGCAAGACUUGGAGAAUGCCCUCCUUGGUGAAGACGAGAUUCCUGAUGAUGCCUUACGUCCAGAGGAAUGGCAGAAGGCAUUGGGUGUGCUUGACAAGGGAAAUCAGAUGGUCUUGUUUAAUGAUGUGUUCGAUCUUCCACAACAGAUAGCCUUAAGAGACGAGUGUCAGCAGUUUGUUGAUAAACUUGGCAAUGAAGAUGAGGACAAGGUAUCCGUUGUGUCAGAUCUGGAGUCAAUCCUGACAUUUUACUGCAAGAGCCAUGGUCUGGAAUAUGAGAAAGGUUGUGGCUGGGUUGAAAUGCUUCUGCCGUUGCUGUCGCUGAAGUUACCUCGAGCAGAGACUUAUAAUUUAUUUGAAGCUAUCCUUACAAGAUAUGUACCAAGGGGUUGCAGAAAGAAUGGAACACCAUUCCACUUGUUCAGGCUUCUGCUAUUGUAUCACGAUCCAGAAUUAUGUUCUUCACUGGAUACAAUGCGCAUCAGCCCUGACCAGUACUGUCUCACAUGGUUCCAGUCGCUGUUUGCAGCAACAUGCAGCUUGCCUGUUGUACUUUGCAUGUGGGAUGUUUAUUUCCGUCAAGAAGAUCCAUUCUUCAUCUACUUCCUUGCUCUUGUAAUGCUUGUUAAUGCAAGGUCUCAGAUAAUUGGACUGAAAAACAGUAACAAACAAGAAAUUAUAGAUAUUCUGUCAUCAAUGCCAUGUGCUUUAGAGGCAGAUGAUGUCAAUGAUUUCUGCUCAUUAGCUCAGUAUUAUGCAUUUCGGACGCCGUCUACAUUUAGAAGGGAAUUGUCAGCAGAUCUAUUUGGAUCUCCUGGAGUUUCAUCAUCAAGUAUAUCACAAGCACUGUGCCUGCCAGUAAGUGCACAGGAACUGAUUGAAAAUGCAGAAGCUUCAAAUGAUGUUACUGAGCAGCUGGCAGAAAGUGUGCGAUUUUUCCUUGUCGACUGCCGUCCUGCAGAGCAGUAUAAUGCAGGGCAUCUGCCUACUGCUUUUCACCUCGACUGCAAUCUUAUGCUUCAAGAGCCAGCAGCAUUUGCUACAGCUGUUCAGGGCUUGUUAUCAGCACAACGCCAGGCACUAGCUGCUCGUUCAGCUGCUGGUGGUGAGCACCUUUGUUUCCUAGGCUCUGGCCGUGUCGAAGAAGACCAGUACACUCACAUGGUUGUUGCUUCUUUCUUACAGAAGCACACCAGUUUUGUCAGCAUGCUCACUGGAGGAUACCAAGCUGUCCACGAAUUUCUGAGAGAAGACUUGAACCAGUAUUUAGAAGAUCACAAUACAGAGAGCUGUCUUGUUUGCGCACCCAGCACAGAGAAGAAGGCAUCUGAAACUGUUCGCCCAAAUUCAAGUUCAUCAGAUCUCUUUGGCAAGAUCAGUGCUGCCAUGAAGACCAAAUCCGCAGAAAUGAAGGGGAAGCUUUUUGAGUAUAUUGUAAACCCAACAGGGAGUAAUUCUGUCGACAGACAUGUGAGCAGUAAUGAUAAGUUGGGCAAGCGCUAUCGUAAUGUUGCCCCUGUUUUCUGCAUUGAUGAUGAUCAAGAUGGAGAGGGAACAGCAGAGGUAUAUUCGGAGGACGUGGAGGAACAAGAUGUGGUUUCUAUUUCUACAUGGCUCAAGAAGCCAGAAGUAAUUGAGUCUUUUAAAUGUCAUGAAGUGAAAGUCAAUGGCUACAUGUAUGAAAGUCAUUUGCUGGUCACUGACAGUCAUAUAUAUGUUCUGCGUGAUAUACCUGAACGUAAGGGGCUUGCACACAUUGCGGUGCGUCGUCCAUUGUCUGCAAUAGUGAAGAUAACUUCCAAAAAGAAACAUCCUGAAGUAAUUACCUUCAAGUACGGAGUUCCUGAGGGUGAUGGCCUUAUCAUCUCUGAUAUGGACAAGUUCUACAUACCAAAUGCAAGUGAAGCUACAAAACUAAUAUCACAUCAGAUUCUGAAGCAUCUCAAAUCUAAAGAGAGUUGAGAGUAAACUUGUGUGGCACACUUGAUUGGUAUCUGCGAAGUAAUUUAGUUAAUUUAGUGCAAAACCAAUUUUUCAGAUAUAAUUGUUAAUUUAUUUAGCUUCCCAGUUCAACUAAAUUAUUUAAUUUCAUAUUGAGUGAAAUAUUUGACUCUUUCUUCCAGUUUUAUUCAGAAUGAAAGCAUCACUUGUAGCUCAAACUUGUACUUAUAUACCUGUAAAAAUAAUAUUUGUACAUAAACUUUGUAUUCAUUGAAAAUUGUGAUACAUAGUAAUUAAUAAGUUGUUAUGAUUUAAAUAAGUCUGCCAUACGUUGUUGCUGCAUAUUUUGGAAAUUGUGACUUUGAUCACAAAUGGCUCCCCAGGAAAAUUUCAUUUGUUGUUUUGCCAUUAUUGUUAUUUUUUGUAGAAAACUAUUGUGAUAUUUGUUCUGUAGCAUAAAAACCUAAGUACAAUUUAAAAGCAGGUAGCAUGUUUAGAUAUCUCCAGAUAAGAAUUUACCAAUGUUACGAAAGAUAAUUUUCAGUUUGUAAGCAUUUUCAAGAUGGCAUGAAGUUGUGGUUUUCUGUAUACACAAAAUAAAGGUUUUAUCUAUUUUUUAAUAAAAUUUUUAGUCAGUGUGAACUAUU